AUGGGUCUCUGGGAUUCUUUUCUCAACUGGCUCCGAAGUUUAUAUUUUAAGCAGGAGAUGGAACUGUCUCUGGUAGGCCUUCAGAAUGCAGGGAAGACAUCACUUGUCAAUGCAAUUGCUACAGGGGGAUACAGUGAGGACAUGAUUCCAACUAUAGGGUUCAACAUGAGGAAAGUGAAAAAGGGAAAUGUGACAAUAAAGCUUUGGGACCUUGGAGGGCAGAGGAGAUUCCGAACAAUGUGGGAGCGUUACUGUCGGGGUGUCUCUGCCAUACUGUAUGUGGUAGAUGCUGCUGAUAGGGACAGCAUUCCGAUAUCUAAAAGUGAGUUACAUGACCUCCUCAUGAGACCUUCUUUGAUUGGGAUUCCUUUGCUUGUUCUUGGCAACAAAAUUGACAAGUCAGAGGCACUAUCUAACCAAGCGUUAGUAGAUAAACUAGGACUCGAAUCCAUCAAAGACAGAGAAGUCUGCUGCUACAUGAUUUCAUGUAAGGAUUCCACAAACAUCGAUGUUGUCAUUAACUGGCUUAUCAAACACUCCAGAACUGUAAAAUGAUUCCUGUUUUUUUUGUUUUUUGGUGUCAUUAAGAAUUUGG